AUGGCAGGAGCUGAUCAAACCACAAAAACCACCAUCGCCACCACCACCAAAGCCAAGUUUCAAUCAAGCAAACCGGCUGCUCGUAGAUUUGUGGGAGUCCGACAAAGGCUCUCGGGGAGAUGGGUGGCGGAGAUCAAGGAUUCGUCCCAACGUGUAAGGCUAUGGCUAGGAACAUACGAUACUCCCGAAGAAGCAUCUCGAGCCUACGAUGAAGCAGCUCGAGCCCUGCGUGGGGAAAAUGUCCGCACCAACUUUGCAGUUCCAGUGAACCCAAGUUCGAACAUCUCAGGGACUUCGCCUUGUAACGGAGGGCUGCACUCGCAACCUGAUGGGCGGCAUGGUCUCAGCUUCUCUUCCUUGAAGGUUAAGUUGAGCAAAAAUUUAUAG